AUGAAGCAAGUCAAAGAUCCUUACAACAAAGGAAUUGAUGAUUUCUUAAAAAUCGAUCAAGUUCUUAAUGAAUUGUCUUAUAAUGGAUCGUAUUUAACAAAAGAAACGACGUUUGAGAACAUCCAAAUUGAUUGUAUUUUUGAGAACAUUUCUUCUUUGGUAUUUUCGCAUAAUUUUGGAUCUCAAAACGAGACAAGAAGAGAUACAAUUGAUAACAAUGGAAGUAUCAAUGAAUCGCAAGAGAUCUUAGAUUCCAAUGAAAAUAAUAUAGAUUUUGUGGAGGAUUUUUUGAAUAAAAUUGAUAAACUCACAAUCAACGACUUCCUGAAUAAAGAUUCUGAUUUGUCCAUACAAAAAACUAGAAGAUUCGAAAAGAAUCGAUAUUAUGACUUAAAAAUAUGGAGUGAAAAACCAAAGCGAAGAUUAUACAAAGGCGAGGCAACCGGCAUUAACGACUAUCCGUUCAUAGUGAGUGUUCACGUCAAAGAUGAAUUCAGUUGCUCUGGAAACAUCAUCAGUAAAGCUUUUGUACUCACAUCAGCUUCCUGUUUACAAAGUGUUUACAAAAAUCGUCUAGUAGCACACAACCUACCCAGUGUUGUGAUAAGAAUUGGCAGUGACUUUAUCUCAAAAUACGGUGAAAUUGUACCCAUUGUAACAAUCUUCUUCCAUCCGAAAUAUAAUCCUACGUAUUUGAAAAACAACAUCGCAAUUCUCAGAAUGGAGAAACAUACGUAUUUUAGAACGAACAGAAAUAUACGAAGAAUUGAUUUCGACGAUAAAAAAAGAAAAGUUCUGGAGAGCUCACAUCAAAUCACGCUUCUGGGUUGGGGCUCGAAACUUAAAGAUGACGGUGGCCCAGCCAUAGUCAACGGUAUACUAGUUGGAGUUGUCAGCUUCGCUCCAACAAUUUGCGGAGCACGUAACUCACCGACUGUUUUUACAAAAAUUAGCUGCUAUAAUAAAUGGAUUCGAAGCAUUAUCAAUGAAGACAUCUCAAUGCAAUGGAACAUUACAGUUCAAGAAGAAACCUUGUCACAAGGAAACGAUACGCAAAACUUUCUUACCAAAAAGAAUGAUAAUGAAAAUAGUUUAAAAAUUAUAGGGCCUAAAAACUCAGAGCAUUACAUGCUCCGUGGACAAAUUGAUUCUAUAAAAAGAUUAAAUAAAAAAUCAACAUCACAAAUAUCAUACGAGAUUCAGUUAAAGGUCAACAAUAAAGAUAAAAUAAAUAACACCAUGAGAUACACCAAAACUUAUGAAGACCAAAAAAAUGGUCAAAAAACGAAUGUAGAGUUACCAGAUAAUUACAACUUUUACAGUGUUGAAGGAGAUUAUACAGACGAAGAAGGAUUGAGCAUUGAAGAUAUUAAAGAAAAUACACAAAAACAAGAAAAUACAACUACUCAAGACGCUGAAAUACAUUCUGAGCGAAAAACUGAUGUACAAAAAGAAAAAGUCAUAGAGGAACAUUUUAUUAAUAUUCUUGAGAACAUUUUAAUGAUAUCGACGAAAAAACAAUUUAGAGAUUAUUUACGUCAAGUUACUUUGACUUUGAAAUCGACUUUGGCAACACGUAAUAUAAGAAAUGGUGACCCUAUAAUGGAUAGAAAGAAACAAGUAAAGUCGACCAAUGCUAUGUCUUCAUCCUCGACCACGGCAAAGCCUUUGAAUAUAUACAAAAAAAUUAUUGACUUCUUUACCAAAAACUGA